AUGAACCCCCCACCUUGGUCUCUCCUCCGUCUCCAGUUAUCAGAGGGGGAGAGACAAGAUAUCAUAUUUGUUUACCAUGGUAACGCUGAGGAGGACGUACGCUUCACACCAUCCACAGGACCACUCUGCUUGAACUUAGGACGUGAAACCCGGUCGUGGCGUAGCGACGCCGGAUUCGAUUUGGGACGGUUGACAACCGCUGCUGAAGCAACCCGGGCUCGUCGACGCGUUGACGAUCCAAACCUCUUACGGGCCCCAUCCGUCAGAGAUGGAAUUGACCCGGUAUCCCUAAUCGGGCGAAUCAGGAGGGUCGUUUCCCAACUUCCGUCUAAUCGGCCUCCCCAUCUCAUCACCGUAUUUCAAUCUUUGACUAUAAUUGCCGGUAUUUUUACUAUGGUCAUGUGGGCUACUGUAACUUUUAGUCCAAAUACUAUAGCCGCGUGCAAGAAUGUAUUUAGAAGUCGCUCAAGCACCCAUUCAAAAUUAAACCCAAAUAGUAUAGAGCCGACAACAGAGCCAACAUCUGCUCGGCCCCAUACUCUGAUCAAAACUAUCCCGAUGGCAAGAAACUUAAGGGGGUUACUUCUCGAGCAUCACAAGCCUUUGCAUGACAGUUGGGCUGCCCUCGAUGAGCAAUUUGAGCUGGAGGUGGAGACAGCAAUUAAUAAAUUGAACUUGCUCCUUACUCCGUCGUCAGCACUAAACCCACCAAGCAAUGUUUACUCUGCCGGCGACUACGAAGCAAGUCCGGCAGAGAUUCUCAAUAUGCUAAACGCUUUGCACAGUAACCUCCGGCGACAUGGACAGUAUAGGGAGUCUUGGGAUAAUGAGGCGUUAGCUAAGUGGAUAAAUAUGGCAGCAUGGUGGAGCUGGGGGGAGCCCGAUUUUGACCCCUGGAACUACCUACCGGAAUCAAUCUCAGGCAACAAUACCGCCACCAUCCUCAAUACUUUUACAUCGGUCAUCGAGCCGCAGAACUCUCGCGUUUAUCACUUAGUAGACGAAGUUCUCUGUUCUGGCUACGACAGCUUACUUCCCUGGCAAGGCAUGCGCUCUCACUACGCGCAAGCUCAUGACAGCUUGGCCUUGCUUCUCCAAGAUAUUGGCGGUAUUCUACCUCCACUGGCUCGUAGGGAAGAACAACGGUUUAGUAAGAAAGGAGAGAUAGACAACCUCGUCGGGAAAUUUUUAUCGACUGCUCAAUGGGCUUAUAAGACGGCCCAGGUCGGGUUGAGCGCCGCGCAGACACUUGAUGUAGAGAUAGGGUCGAUUUGCGCAACAAUUACGCAAGCCGCCAAACUGGAAUGGCGAGUUCUAGCUCGGGAUAAUAGCUUGUUAUUUCACCAAUUCGUGGCGGACAAUAAUAUAGACAACUUGAGAGAAGUAUGGCUCACAUGGCCACCUACUACCGAAGCCGUUUCUGAUCUCACAGAUGCAACAAGUAUUGUUUGGGGCAGCCGUUUCCGGAAUCGCUGA